CAGUAAACAUCGAACUUCUAUUCGCUUGGGUCCUGUUUCUUGUUAAUGAAUGUUAUUUGGAUAGUUCAAGGCGAAUGAACCAUAACAGAUAUCUAGAUUUUUCUCCUUACUUUAGGAGACCAAUUGCUAGCAACAACCUGCAUCGUCGGCACAAUAAGUACUCACUGACUUGUAACUGCAGUUGGGGGACUGUGCCUGAGGGUUUGAAUAUCUCUUUAAAUCGAUUGAAAUACAAAAUUGUCGGAGGAAAUGAAAUCGAUGAUUCGGAGAACUACCCAAUGAUGGCCGGUCUCCAACUGAAAGAAUCCAACUGUGUGAUUUGCGGGGCCACUAUUCUCACAGAGUUUCAUGCACUUACGGCUGCGCACUGUAUCUUUGGAGAAAAUGUAACUAAUUUGCAACUAGCGGUUGGCAUCCGCCAUAAUUGUAGGCAACCGAAUGAUGGCGGUCAAUACUUAUCUCUGCUUGAACCUGCAUACGUGCACGAGUAUUAUGAUGAGAAAUCAAAUAACCAAGACAUAGCAAUCGUUGUGACACAGGAAAGGAUCAUAUUUCGCACAACUGUAGGACCUACCUGCAUUUACCCUCAUCCGCUUUCGUUGACGGAUAAUUAUAUUUUUCUUGCUCUUGGAUGGGGAAAGUUAUCUGAAGAAGAAGAUGCAAGCCCAGAAUUAGUAAAAGUCUUCUUGAAUAGUUUUGACAUUGAGGAAUGUAAGGACAAAGUACCUCCGGAGAUUAUGAACGACAAUUGGAGCUUACAGAUGUGCACCUACACUAUAAAAAAAGAUACCUGUGGAGGAGACUCGGGAGGUCCGCUGUUUAUUGUGGACCGUGCAGUGAACCGCCUUGCCCAGGUAGCGCUAAUAUCGAUGGGCGUGGGCUGUGCAAGGGUUGACGAACCUGGUGUCAACACUGCUUUAUAUCCAUACAUAGGAUGGAUGCAAUGGACAAUCGAAAACUCAAUGCGGACACACUAUCCUGAAGAUUACUAUAAGUGUGGUUAUAACAAAAUUUGUUAUUCUACUGAUUGGACUGAAUAAAAAAAUUAAACAUUUGCUCUAGCUACAAAUGAGAAAAAAAGCUCAUCUUACUAUACUGUGUAAUAUAACCUACGCCACA